GGCCAACAGAUGUCAGUGGAGGGGUGACUGGAUCCUCUGGAUAUCACGAUUACAGUCACUUCAUUUUUUAAAAAAUUGCUUUAGAAUAAUUUCAAUUAAUUAAGAAUGGGAAGUGGGUGGGCGGUGCUGACGAAACCAGAGGUGACCCCCAUAGGGGAUUCACCACCUUCCUUUGAUUCCAUGAUGGGAUUUAAGGAUGGACGGAAACCAAGGGUGAUGGUUGCCACUCAACAAGAAAUGAGAGCAGCUAGACUGGAGCCCGAAUAUCGUGAUUACUGUGCACAUCACUAUCUAAAGAUGGAACUCUGCAGAAGGGAAAAUUUUCCUUGGGUAGUAAAGUGUGGAGCUGAGAAACAUGCUUGGGAUGUCUGUGCUUAUGAAGAUUACGUUCUGAGGAUGAAAGAGUACGAGCGCGAGCGUCGACUUAUGGAGCGGACGGAGAGGAAGAAACGGGCAGCUGCCGCCUGAAGAUUUUUUUCCACCAGUAGGUAUCCAGGAACAAAUGACAUACAUUAAAAGAAUCAUCUCUGUCGUUAAUACUUAGCGCCUCUGUGAGAGACAAGAUAUCAUCUUGCCGAUGUACAUAAAUUGAAUGGAUUGCAUUAAUAAAAUUCAUCUUAUUGUUGAAAUAGUUGACAAAAAAAAUUGGGAGGUGAAGUGUGUUGGUUUUCCUUCGAUGAACCGUUUGAGAAACUGUGUGAUCGUUUAGAGGGUACUGAAAAAUUAAUUUCAUUUAACGAUUCAUGAUGAAAACAAUGGAUUGUUUUGCAUUUCAUGCUUGAUUAAAAUAAUAAGGAAAAUAAACUGAAUUUCGUUCAGUACGAAAUGUUAUA